AUGGGCACCCGUCGGAGUUUCGCUCCCAGCCUCGUCUCUCUCCUCCUGUUGCUGCAGGCGUCGGGAUGGCUUUGCCUGGACACGGAGCAUUGCCGUCCAGGUUUUGGCUCCGAAAGUUAUACCUUCCAGGUGCCCCGGGCACACCUGGAACGAGGCCUAGCCUUGGGCAAAGUUACCUUUGAAAGCUGUUCUGGAAGAAAACUGAAUGUUUAUUCCUCUGGGAAUUCCAGAUUUAGAGUGACUCCCGACGGUGUCGUAAUGGUCAAGAGAUCUAUAGAGCUCCAUAAUUUAGAAACAAGCUUUUAUAUCUAUGCCUGGGAUGAUAAAGGUAAAAAGCUCUCAGCCAAAUUGACACUGAAAAGACCGUCGACACACCAUCGACGACACCUCCAUCAUGGAGAGGAACCUUUCCCAGCAGAACAGAGAGAAGUGCUGAUAUUCCCUAGUACCCACUCUGGUCUCAAGAGGCAGAAGAGAGACUGGGUUAUCCCUCCCAUUAGUUGCCCUGAGAAUGAGAAGGGUCCAUUCCCUAAAAUACUGGUUCAGAUCAAGUCAAACCGAGAUAAAGAAACUAAAGUUUUCUACAGCAUCACAGGCCAAGGAGCAGAUGAGCCUCCACAAGGUGUCUUUAUUAUUGAAAGAGAAACUGGAGUCUUGAAAGUGACAGCACCUUUGGACAGAGAAGACAUCGCAAGAUACGUUCUUUAUUCUCAUGCUGUGUCUUCAAAUGGCAUACCUGUGGAGGAUCCAAUGGAGAUUGUGAUUACAGUAACAGAUCAGAAUGAUAAUCGUCCUGAGUUUAUCCAGGAGGUCUUCAAUGGAUUCGUGAUGGAAGGAGCUCAUCCAGGUACCUCUGUGAUGAAAGUGUCAGCCACUGAUAAAGAUGAUGAUGUGAACACCUACAAUGCUAUGAUCGCUUAUUCCAUUCUCAGCCAGGAGCCCAAGUCGCCCCACGAUAGUAUGUUCACCAUCAACCGGGGAACUGGAGUCAUCAGCGUGCUCACAACUGGCCUAGACAGAGAGACCAACCCACAAUAUACACUGAUUGUCCAAGCUGCUGACUUGGAUGGAGAUGGCCUAAGUACCACAGCCACAGCAGUGAUUACGGUCACGGACACAAAUGACAAUCCUCCUAUCUUCAACCCAACCACGUAUGUGGGCACAGUGUUGGAGAACGAGCCAGAUGCCGUCAUUACAAGAUUGAAAGUGACUGAUGCAGAUGUUCCCAAAACACCAGAGUGGAAUGCAGUAUAUUCUGUUAUAAAUGAUGAAAAGGGUCUCUUUACCGUCGUCACUGACCCAGAAAACAAUGACGGAAUAUUGAAAACGACCAAGGGUUUGGAUUUUGAGACCAAACAACAAUACGUUCUUUAUAUAACAGCAGUGAACGAAGUUCCUUUUGUCGUCACUCUCCCCACCUCUACAGCCACAGUCACGGUGGAUGUGCUGGACGUUAAUGAAGCCCCAGUCUUUAUACCACCGGUUUUGAGAGUGGAGAUACCGGAGGAUUUUGGGGUGGGAGAGAAAAUUACAUCCUAUACCGCUCAGGAUCCUGACAAGUUUCUGACACAGAAGAUAACGUAUCGCAUUUGGAGUGAUCCAGCCAAUUGGCUAGAUAUUAAUCCUGACUCUGGUGAUAUUUCUACUCGGGACAAUCUGGAUAGAGAGAACUUUGAGUUUGUGAAGAAUAGUACCUACACAGCCCUCAUUGUGGCUGUGGAUGAUGGAUCUCCUAUAGCCACAGGCACAGGGACCCUUCAGUUGCUUCUCUCAGAUGUGAAUGAUAAUGGCCCAGUACCAGAGCCUCGAAAUUUUGACAUUUGCCAGAGGAAUCCAGAACCUCAGGUUAUAAAUAUUAUUGAUCCAGACCUUCCACCAAACACUUCUCCUUUCAUGGCAGAAUUAACACACGGAGCUAGUGUUAACUGGACUAUUGAAUUUACUGACAAUGCAAGAGAAUCUUUGAUUUUAAGGCCAAAGAAAGAAUUAGAAUUUGGUGAGUACAAGAUAAAUCUCAAGCUGACAGACAACCAGAAUAAAGACCAAGUAACCACUUUGGAGGUGUACGUGUGUGACUGUGAAGGGGCUGUAUCCAAGUGCACGAAGGCAGGUGUAAUUGCUCAGACCGGCAUGGAUGUACCAGCUAUCCUGGGAAUACUGGGAGGAAUCCUUGCAUUGCUAAUUUUAUUGCUGCUUUUGCUCCUCUUUCUCCGAAGAAGGCCAGCAGUUAAAGAGCCAUUACUGCCACCUGAGGAUGACACCCGGGACAACGUGUAUUAUUAUGAUGAAGAAGGAGGUGGAGAGGAAGAUCAGGACUUUGACCUGAGCCAGUUGCACAGGGGCCUGGAUGCUCGACCAGAAGUGACUCGUAAUGAUGUAGCACCAACUCUUAUGAGUGUCCCCCAGUAUCGGCCUCGCCCUGCGAAUCCAGAUGAAAUUGGCAAUUUUAUUGAUGAGAACCUGAAGGCUGCUGACAGUGACCCCACAGCACCCCCUUAUGACUCUCUGCUGGUGUUUGAUUAUGAAGGAAGCGGCUCUGAAGCAGCCUCCCUGAGCUCCCUAAAUUCUUCUGGCUCAGAUGAAGACCAGGAUUACGAUUAUCUGAAUGAAUGGGGCAAUCGCUUUAAAAAGCUGGCUGACAUGUAUGGCGGAGGGGAGGAUGACUAGGAAGGGAGUCUGGGGCUCUGCAGAACAGAACUCUGUGAAAACAGGGUUUCUAGGGGAAGAGGAAGGGGGGGCAGGUGUUGCCUCCCCAUACUCUAUAAAAACAGGAAUAAUUGCUAAUUUACCAGUUUAGUUUUUAUUUUAAGGCUAGUAUCAAUUCUCUUUGUGCUCCCAUCCCUACCUCUUGCCUUUAAUUUCUUGACCUAAGAUUUCAGCAGGUAAAUAAAAUGUUUUUCAGAGGCGAUAUUCCAAUCUUAAGAGGGCCAUGCUGUUGGGCAUUGCUUUUGGGCACUGCCUAAAUUGACAAUGAAAUAAGGUGACAGCUGGUCCCCUCUCCCCUCUUCCCUUUACCCCUUGUGCCCCCUUUAAAAAUGUGUGUAAUGUUUUUUUUGUUUCUGCUUUCGUUUGAAAUUGAUUCUUACCCUUUUCUGUCAUUGCAUCUUCCCAGACAAGAGCUCUCAAAAGCACACGCCAUACUUGACAUUUAUGGGCAAGAGGUUUGUGACUUGCUGAGGUCAUUUUAUAAACUUGAUAUAAAAGUGUUAAGACCUGUUUCCCUUAUCACCAGUUCCCUAAGUACAUAUAUGUAUCAGGUUCAUGGAGGAACAUUUGUGAUGUCAUCGUUAUUGUUAAAACUCUGUUGGAAAGAUGUCACAGAAAGGGAAACUAGCAGAAAAUAGAGAUGUGUUUUUUUGUGUGUCUCACAAAUAAUAAAAUGGAAUAGUGAUACCAGAAUCAGGGCGGCAUUGGGAAUGCAGCUGCCAAAGAAGUUACAGUGGAAGGGAUAGACAGAGCACCAGAGAAGGAAGCUUUAACAUAUCCUUGGAGGUGAGGGGUCCAUCCAGGAAGAGUGCUACAAUUCAGAUGUCUGGUCUCUGAAGUCUAAGCCUUCUGCACCGAUUUCCCAAGUACUUUCUUUGGGUCAUGUCUCCAGGAGGCACAAGCCAACAGAUUAGAAGGAAAACUGAGGAUGUUAGCAAGCAGACAUCUUUCGUGGAGAGACUACAUUGGUUUAAAUGCUUCUCCCUCUUUCAUCAGACCAGGAGGUGCUGAGUGGAGGAGCUGAGACUUAUUGCUAUUCACAAAGGAAUCAAUUUUGUCAAAAUGGCCAUGAGAGUUUGGUGCUUCCUGCUUUGCAAUACUGUUUGCAGCCAAAACAGUCUGUGAUGAAUUAGCACUGUGGUUUCUAGAAUGUAUCUGUUCAAGUCCUCAGAUUUUGUACUGUGGGGUGUAGAAGAGAGCUGUGAUUCUCAUUGGCAAAAAUUAAGCCUUUGAAAAUGGCAUUUUUAUAAAUUUUAUUAAAUAAUUUUGUUAAAUUGUUGUCAAA